GCCAAGAAUGGUUUAAUAUUAACAAGUUGAAUCAUUAGACAUAGUCACAUGGACAAGUUGAUGCACAAAUUUACAAAGGUCUUCCCUAGCGUAUACUAUUCAAAUCGCAAAGAAAGAAUUUUAAAAAAAAGAAUUACUAAGAAAACGAAAUAGGAUGCUUCCUUCUACCAUCCUUGCGCCUAACUAGAAAGUCUCACUCACUUCACUCACUCCUCUUUUCAACUUUCUUCUCUCUAUAUAUACCCUUUUUCCACUCCACUUAGACAAACACAAUCAAUCUUAUCUUCUUUUCUUCUAAUAAAACCAACUACAACUUCAAUUUAAGUAACACAUAAUAAAUUCCCUUAUGGCUAACGCAGAUGAAGUUUCAGCUCUUAAACGUAUCAAACUGCAUCUUCUUGGUGAAUUUUCACCACUUCCAUCUCCUAUUUCACAACCUUGGAGCUUUGAUUUUGAUUUUCAAUUUCAAACAAACCAAACCACUUGUGAUUCUUCAAUCUCUUUGGAUCAUUACUUCACUGAUCUUCUUCAAACAGAGACACAGAUUCCGAUCUUUGAAUUCGACUCCAAACCUCAAACAACUGAGCCUGAGAGCCCUAAAGCGCUAACAUCUCAUCCUCAGGCAACGGUGGAGAAGACUCCUCAACUGAAGCGAAAACCGUCGUUGGAAAUCGCUCUCCCGAAUAAAACCGAAUGGAUCCAAUUCAGAAAGCCAGAUCCGAAACCGGAAGCGGUUGUACAGAAGCCGGAAGUCGCUGAGAAACAGCACUACAGAGGAGUUAGACAGAGACCGUGGGGAAAGUUCGCCGCCGAGAUCCGCGACCCGAACAAACGCGGCUCGAGGCUGUGGCUUGGAACUUUUGAAACUGCUAUCGAAGCCGCGAAAGCCUACGAUCGUGCCGCUUUUAGGCUUCGUGGAUCUAAAGCGAUUCUCAACUUUCCACUAGAAGUCAACGCCAUGGCGGCGGCGGAAAACUCCGGCGAGAACAAAAAGCGUUGCCGGGACGAGGAAGAGGAUGAUGUAGUGGAAGUGAAACCAGUGGUGAAAAAGGAGAAAACGGAGGAAUUUGAUGUAAACUGUAUUAAAGAGAUGCCGUUAACGCCGUCAACUUGGACUGGGUUUUGGGACGUUGAUGUGAAGGGGAUGUUCAGCGUUCCACCGUUAUCGCCGUUAUCUUCCUUUUGUUUUUCACCUCUAGUGGCUGUGUGAAUUUUCUAUUUCAGGGCUUUUUUUCUUAUUGCAUCCUCACUUGAGAGAUGAGAAAUGUAUAUUUCAUCGAAGUAUUAAAUUUAUUCACUAAAAGUUUCUUUUAAAACGCUAAGUUUGAAUUAAAUUUGAACUUGAAUUAUGUAUGGAUCAUUAUUAGUUAAAUUUUAAUUACUACUUUUUAGUUAA